AUGAAAUUUCAGGUGCCGGAAGAUACGCCGAUUGGUACCGUAAUUGCUCGCUUGUCUGUUGUUGAUGCGGAUUUACCACCCAAUGCAAAUAUCACUUAUAGUAUCCAUCCAAAUUUCAACGAACAACUUCCGUUUGCCAUAAAUGGGACUACUGGCGAAUUAUACGUUUCACUGGGAUUGCAUUAUGAUAAUUCUGCUAUGUACAGCUUUCACGUUUUGGCUUGGGAUCCAGAAUUUCGGAAUUCGGAAGAUCCUAAAAUGAAAAAUAUGGAAAGUCCUGAAAACAUAGAUUUGAAAGAAUGGGAAUACCGUAACUGUUCCGGUCUGUUGCUGGUUGAAGUCUUCGUCCAAUCAGAUAACAAAAUUGAGCCAUCUUUCUCGAAACUGGAGCAAAAUUAUGUUAUCAGUGCAGCUACUUUAAAAGGCACAAUAAUUGGACCAGCGGAAGCAGUUGAUUUUGAUGAUGAUUUUUAUCACAAAUUUUCGUACCACAUGGCAACAAAUAGUUUAUUUGCUAUGGAUCGCCAUUCUGGAGAAAUUUACGCAAACGAAACUUUGAAUGGAACAAAUCAGGAUUUUUUGCUGCAAAUAGCAAUAACUGGCGCAUGUAUGCCUCGAAAUUCAAAUUUCAAACCGAGUUUGUAA